CUCGGCGACCAGGAAGCAAGAAAGAUGGCGACUGCGGGACGACGUUGAGGCCGCGUUAGGCGGUUCAGGCUCUGUGGUGCUGAUUUCCAGAACAGUGGGGGAAAAUGUGCAUGGAGGUCCUGUGUCCCCUUAGUCAAGUUUCUCCCAUCGCUUAACUAGAGAUGGCAGGAGAGCUGGCUGACAAAAAGGACCGAGAUGUAUCACCCUCCAAGGAGGAAAGGAAGCGAUCUCGUACUCCUGACAGAGAGCGGGAUAGAGACAGGGACCGGAAGUCUUCCCCAUCUAAAGAUAGGAAGCGGCAUCGUUCAAGGGAUAGACGUCGAGGAGGCAGCCGUUCGCGUUCCCGUUCUCGUUCUAAGUCUACAGAAAGAGAUCGGAGGCACAAAGAACGUGAACGAGAUAAAGAACGGGAUCGGAAUAAGAAGGACAGAGAUCGAGACAAGGAUGGACACAGACGGGACAAGGACCGGAAGCGAUCCAGCCUAUCUCCUGGCCGAGGAAAAGAUUUUAAAUCUCGGAAGGAUAGAGACUCUAAGAAGGAUGAAGAGGAUGAACAUGGUGAUAAAAAGCCUAAGGCCCAACCACUAUCCUUGGAGGAACUACUGGCCAAGAAAAAGGCUGAGGAAGAAGCUGAGGCUAAGCCCAAGUUCCUCUCCAAAGCAGAGCGGGAGGCUGAAGCUCUAAAGCGGCGACAGCAGGAGGUAGAGGAGCGGCAGAGGAUGCUGGAGGAAGAGAGGAAGAAAAGGAAACAGUUUCAAGACUUGGGCAGGAAGAUGCUCGAAGACCCUCAGGAACGGGAACGUCGAGAACGCAGGGAGAGAAUGGAGCGGGAGACCAAUGGGAAUGAGGAUGAGGAAGGGCGGCAGAAGAUCCGCGAAGAGAAGGAUAAGAGCAAGGAACUGCAUGCCAUUAAGGAGCGUUACCUGGGUGGCAUCAAAAAACGGCGGCGAACGAGGCAUCUCAAUGACCGCAAGUUUGUCUUUGAGUGGGAUGCAUCUGAGGAUACCUCUAUCGACUACAAUCCCUUGUACAAAGAACGGCACCAGGUGCAGUUGUUAGGGCGAGGCUUCAUUGCUGGCAUCGACCUAAAGCAACAGAAACGAGAGCAGUCACGUUUCUAUGGAGACCUAAUGGAGAAGAGGAGAACCCUGGAAGAAAAGGAGCAGGAAGAAGCAAGACUCCGCAAGCUUCGUAAGAAGGAAGCCAAGCAACGCUGGGAUGAUCGCCAUUGGUCUCAGAAGAAGUUAGAUGAGAUGACAGACAGGGACUGGCGGAUCUUCCGCGAGGACUAUAGCAUCACCACCAAAGGUGGCAAGAUUCCCAAUCCCAUCCGAUCCUGGAAAGACUCUUCUCUGCCCCCACACAUUCUGGAGGUCAUUGAUAAGUGUGGCUACAAGGAACCAACACCUAUCCAGCGUCAGGCGAUCCCCAUUGGGCUACAGAAUCGUGAUAUCAUUGGUGUGGCUGAGACUGGCAGUGGCAAGACAGCAGCCUUCCUUAUUCCUUUGCUGGUCUGGAUCACCACGCUCCCCAAAAUUGACAGGAUCGAAGAGUCAGACCAGGGCCCUUAUGCCAUCAUCCUCGCUCCCACCCGCGAGCUGGCUCAGCAGAUUGAGGAAGAGACCAUCAAGUUUGGGAAGCCGCUAGGCAUCCGCACUGUGGCUGUCAUUGGUGGCAUCUCCAGAGAAGACCAAGGCUUCAGACUCCGAAUGGGUUGUGAGAUUGUGAUCGCCACCCCAGGACGUCUCAUUGAUGUGCUGGAGAAUCGCUACCUGGUGCUGAGCCGCUGUACCUAUGUGGUUCUGGAUGAGGCCGACAGGAUGAUUGACAUGGGCUUUGAGCCGGAUGUCCAGAAGAUCCUGGAGCACAUGCCUGUCAGCAACCAGAAGCCAGACACGGAUGAGGCUGAGGACCCUGAAAAAAUGUUGGCCAACUUUGAGUCAGGAAAACACAAGUACCGCCAAACAGUCAUGUUCACAGCCACCAUGCCCCCAGCAGUGGAGCGUCUAGCCAGGAGCUAUCUUCGACGACCUGCCGUGGUAUACAUUGGCUCUGCAGGGAAGCCCCAUGAACGUGUGGAACAGAAGGUCUUCCUCAUGUCAGAGUCAGAAAAGAGGAAAAAGCUGCUGGCGAUCUUGGAACAAGGCUUUGAUCCACCCAUCAUCAUUUUCGUCAACCAGAAGAAGGGUUGUGACGUGUUGGCCAAGUCCCUGGAGAAGAUGGGGUACAAUGCUUGUACACUGCAUGGUGGAAAAGGCCAGGAGCAGCGAGAGUUUGCACUGUCCAACCUCAAGGCUGGGGCCAAGGAUAUUUUGGUGGCUACAGACGUGGCUGGUCGUGGUAUUGAUAUCCAAGAUGUAUCUAUGGUUGUCAACUAUGACAUGGCCAAAAAUAUUGAAGAUUAUAUCCACCGCAUCGGCCGCACUGGACGAGCAGGCAAGAGCGGGGUGGCCAUCACCUUCCUCACCAAGGAGGACUCAGCUGUGUUCUACGAACUGAAGCAAGCCAUCCUGGAGAGCCCCGUGUCUUCUUGCCCCCCAGAGCUAGCCAACCACCCCGACGCCCAGCAUAAACCAGGCACCAUCCUCACCAAGAAGCGCCGGGAAGAGACCAUCUUUGCUUGACACAGAACUCUUCUGUUGGGUUUACGGGUGCACUCUGAAGCUGCCUGGGGCCUGCUCUUCGGGAUCUUCACACCCCACUUUCCAGGUUCUCACUCCUGGGCUAUGGGAGUGGAGGAAACAGACUCCCUGGUCUAGACUCACUCAGGGCAAGAGGCCUGAAUGUGAGGCCGCAAAAGGAUGGGAAGUUGCUGGAGGCAAGGAGAACCAAUUCAUCAGAUUUGGGCUCAGUUUUGCCUUUUGCAGGGGCCUUGGAAUGGAUACUGGACCAUCAGCUCCUGCCAGCCAGGUUAUGGGGAAGCUGGUUGACACUACCCCCUACCCCCCCAGGCCAGGCCUCCUGGAUGGGCCCUCCUUCAGCACAAGACUCGUGCGUAAUAACCAUGUGCAGUGCAGCAGCGUCAUUGCCCUAGCUGGCCCAGGGGACCCCGCACCAGGAAGGUGGUGGGCCUUGGACUCUGUCUUUUUGACAGCUGAUUUUCCAUUUGGAGCUUUUAGAACUGUGCACGUGCCAAGGGGUGCUGUGCACUCUAGGCAUCCCUCCCCCCGGGGAUUUUCUUUCUUUUUUUUUUUUAAAGUAGAUAUGGGGGCAGAGUGAACUGGCUGUGACCAUCUUGAAGUCACUGAGUGAAAUUUUGGUUUUUUAUUCUCUGAGAAGAUAAGUUUGUAUGUUCUGAGAAUAAAUAAUACAUGAACAUUAA